AUGCGCGCCGCACCUGUCAACGCCAGUACCCCUGUCCACUCAGCGCUGCCAGACGUCCACCACCACACCACAACCACCACUACACUACGGUCCUACCUAUCCGGAUCUCCCACGGUCUUCACCAGCGAACACGGGCUGGCUCUUCAACUCCGCCAUCGUCCCAUCCCUGCGUUCAUGAGGAGAGAACAAGUGACGGGCCCGGCAUGUCGCCAUGGACGUUUCAAGCCAUCGUCUGGCCAACAUCACUAUUACGACUCGCCAGCUCGUAUAAGACGAAACAUAGCGUGCAUUCGACGUGUGACGUACUCGACCCUCCGUCCAAAAGGCUGCCGGUGCAGGCCAACACCCAUUAGUUACAUCUCAGCGGGGAUGGGAAAUGAGAACAUCCAUGUCUAG